AUGGGUGCAAAUUCAACUUCUAUUGCAGUCGGUUGUGCCGUUGGUAUUCCAUGUUUUAUCGCAUUGUGCGUUGCCUUGGUAUUUUUCCUAAAAACUAGAAGAAGAUUUCAAAGAGAAGACUUGGAGUAUAGUCAAGAUGUCAAUGAUAUGGAUAAAGAUUUAAGUUACACUAAUAUUGACCAAUUAAAAUUGGAGAAAGAAAAUAAUUAUAACUCAAAUUCAGAACCAUCAGAAGAUUCUGAUCAAAGUAGACAAAAUCAUGACGGAGAUGAAGAAGUUGAAACAAAAGCAUCUCAAGAUCAAGGUUCUCAAAAACAACCAAGAUAUGUUCCAGCAUAUAGAAGAAAAUUCAAAUCAUCUGUUAGUAAUUUGAACAGUUCAAGAAACUCAUCAUUUUCAAACUUACCAAAUAAUGGAUCAACCCAAAAAGACGGGUCAAAUUCAUCAAUAAAUUCCAAUACUACAAAUCAAACAGAUAUGUUUUACAAUAACAUUCCAUUAAUGGAUCAACCAAAUGCUAAUAAACAAGCUGAAUCAACAAAUAAUAGUUUGGAUUUAGCAAGAUCAUUACAACAACCAACACCAUCAUAUUCUAAAAGACCAGUAACACAAAGAAGCUCAUCAGUAUCGAGUGCAGGUGAUGAUGAUUAUGAUUUAAAGAACAAUUAUACUGUGGAUAAUGAAGAUGAAAUUCAAGAAGAAGAUCAAUAUGAAAAUGAAUUUACAAAUUAUAGUGAAAAUAAAAGAGCUUAUAUCGAUAGUUUAAGACCAAAAUAA